AUGGCCGAACCAAUGGACAUUGACGGCCCUCGUGGCGUCAAGAGGAAGGCUGACCAAGUUGACGCGACCGCGCCACGGCGAAUCAAAGCUCUUGACCCAGAUGUCAUCAACAAGAUCGCAGCCGGCGAGAUCAUUGUUGCCCCUGUUCACGCACUCAAGGAGCUCAUCGAAAAUGCUGUUGAUGCUGGCUCCACCGCCCUCGAGGUUCUGGCCAAAGAUGGCGGCCUCAAGCUCCUCCAGAUCACUGACAAUGGCAGUGGCAUAGAUAAAGAAGACUUGCCCAUCCUAUGUGAGCGUUUCACCACAUCCAAGCUGCAGACAUUUGAGGACCUUUCCUCUAUAGCAACAUAUGGAUUCCGCGGAGAGGCUUUGGCAAGCAUCAGUCACAUAGCCCACCUGACAGUCACCACCAAAACCAAAGACUCGACUUGUGCGUGGCGUGCUCAUUACGGCGGUGGCAAGCUUGAGCCCGCUAAGCCGGGACAGACCCCGGAGCCCAAGCCAGUGGCCGGCAGGAACGGUACCCAGAUCACUGUCGAGGACUUGUUCUACAAUGUGCCCACAAGGCGUCGUGCGUUUCGCUCAGCCUCCGACGAGUACAACAAGAUCAUCGACAUGGUUGGUCGCUAUGCCAUCCACUGCAGCAAUGUCGCCUUUUCCUGCAAAAAGCAAGGCGAAUCAUCUACAAGCAUAUCUGUGCCGGCGGCAGCCUCUGUCGUCGACCGUGUCCGUCAAAUCUACGGUGCUAGCGUCGCCAACGAGCUGGUCGAAUAUUCUACCUCAGAUGAUCGUUGGGGCUUCAAAGCCGAAGGAUACGCCACAAAUGCGAAUUAUCAUAUAAAGAAGACGACAUUCCUUCUCUUCAUAAACCACCGCUGUGUUGAGUCCACAAACAUCAGAAAAGCGAUUGAGCAGACAUAUGCAGCAUUCCUGCCGAAGAGUGGUCAUCCUUUCGUGUACCUAAGCCUCGAAAUUGAUCCUGGGCGGGUUGAUGUCAACGUGCAUCCGACGAAACGAGAAGUCAAUUUUCUCAAUGAGGAUGAGAUUAUUAAUGCUGUCUGUGAGCAUAUCCGCAGUAAACUCGCAGCAGUCGACCAGAGCCGGACGUUCAUGACACAAACGCUGCUUCCAGGUGCGGAAUGGGCAUCCGCGCAGAAACAGGCCGAAGACGCUGCAACGCCGUCAUCUACAAGCCGUGCCUCCGGGAAAAAGACACGUUAUGAAAACAGUCUCGUCAGAACAGACACCAAUCUCCGCAAGAUAACAAGCAUGUUCGCCCAAGCCGAAGGGUCACACUCCACACCUGGAGACUCCAGUGCAGCGCCAACCACUGCUCCCGACGCCCAACCACCCGAAGCCAUCGAAUACGAGGUGAAUGAUCGCGAACAAGUACCGUGCCGCCUCGCCAGUGUCCGGGAGCUGCGCGCUGAUGUCCGAGAUGACAUGCACCACGAGCUUACCGAAGUUCUUGCGACGCAUACCUUUGUCGGAGUUGUCGACGAGCGGCGCCGGCUGGCAGCCAUACAAGGCGGCGUCAAGCUUUAUCUUAUUGACUAUGGUCGCGCAUGCUUCGAAUAUUUUUAUCAGGUCGGGUUGACUGACUUUGGAAAUUUUGGAGUUGUCAAAUUCAGUCCUUCUUUAGAUCUCCGUGCUGUUCUGCGAAUAGCAGCGGAGCAUGAGAAGGAGAACUGCUCUACCCCAGAGGAUGAUUUUGAUGUGGAAGAGGUCGUCGAUCUGGUAUCAAAACAGCUUAUUGAGCGUCGCGAGAUGCUACUGGAGUAUUUCUCGUUCGAGAUCUCUCCUGCCGGAGAGCUCAUCAGCAUACCAUUGCUUGUGAAGGGCUACACCCCGUCCAUGGCGAAGCUGCCAAAUUUCCUGCUUCGACUAGGCCCGCACGUUGAUUGGACUGAGGAGGGGGCUUGCUUCGAGACUUUUCUGAAGGAGUUGGCAUCGCUCUAUGUGCCCGAGGUGCUACCACCAAUGCCAAGUGAGGCCGAGGCAGCCGCUGCGGAAGAGAUUGACGAGGAGGUUAAAGCAAGGAGAAAGCACGUCCGCUGGGCUGUCGAGCAUGUCUUCUUUCCCGCAUUCAAGGCUCGACUCGUGGCAACAAACAGCCUGAUGAAGGAUGGCGCAUUGGAGGUUGCCAAUCUGAAGGGCUUGUACAGAGUGUUUGAACGAUGUUGA